UCUUGGAGACCCCACCCUUUGUGUUUCCCGCACAGUCAAUCAAAAUAGAAACAAUUGACUAGAAUCACCGAUUGCAGCCAGCCUUCGAUUACUGUAAUCAUGUUUCGCUUGUGGUAAUACAGAGAUUCUGCGAAAUAAAAUAAUUCACGCAAUGACUGGUAUGUAAUGUUCAACCUAACCAUCGGUAUGUUUGCACCCUUUAGCUAAGCUAAUGUUAGCUAGCUGUUUUAAUAUUUUUCCAACAGCUUAGCCAACAGUGAACGUUAGCCUGCAUGCUAGCCACAACUACAACAUACGUAGCUAGCUAAGGCUUCAGACAGUUUGAUCAACUCCACACCGCAGCUGUAAUGGAGCCCCAGAACAGCCAGUGAAACAAGAGGAAAUGGCUGCCUUGGACGUGGACAGCAGUCAAAGCGAGUUUCUGCAGCAAGACUGUGGCACAGGAGAUCAGGACACUCAGUCGUCAUCGCUCGCUCUGCUGGCAGCUACCUGCAGCAAGAUCGAGUCGGCAUCAUCAGAUGGGGGUAACGGUGCUGCCGCUGCAGUGACGACAGACCUAACAUCCAUCCAGUUAACAGGGAACCCAGAUAGAUGGGAGGUUUUGACCCCCACAACAACACGGAAGGAGGAACCUGGCGCGGUCCAUAUCCAGAGUCGGGGGAUCGUGACAUCAAACGGACAGUAUGUUCUUCCUCUCCAGAACCUUCAGAGCCAACCGAUCUUUGUGACAUCAGGAAGCGACACCUCCGCCAACACAGUGCCUAACAUUCAGUACAUUCAGACAGCUGAUGGACAGCAACUGAGCUUCUCCACCUCCAGUGAGGACGGGUCCACUCUGAGCCAAGAUGCCACAGGGCAGAUCCAGAUCUUGCCUGACGGAACUCAGACUAUAAGUGUGACUGGGGCCGGAGACAUCCUUACUAAUAACCAGAACCUCAUAUCACAGACUGGUCAUGUCCAGCAGAUCCAGGGUGUUUCUAUCGGCAGCUCCACCUUUAACAACCAGGGUCAGGUUGUCACUAAUGUGCCUAUGGGGUUGCCAGGGAACAUCACCUUUGUCCCCAUUAGCAGUGUGGACUUGGACUCCCUGGGCCUCUCUGGUGCUCAGACUAUAGCAACAGGGGUCACUUCUGAUGGCCAGCUCAUCAUGACCAGUCAGCCUGUGGACAGCUCUGAGAGUUUGGAGAAGACAGGUGACCAGCACUUGCAAACACUGUCUGUAAAUGACUCGAAUGCUAAUGCAGACAUGUAUGUGCCAACGUCCUCCGCCCAGCUGCCUGAGGCCAUGGAUGAGACGGGUCUUCUAACCCAAGCCCCAGAGCAGACAGACCCCUCUGGUCUCCAGGGCUACAUUCAGCAGAACCAGGUCCAGAACAUCCAGGUGUCGUCUGGCCAGUCCAUCAUCCAGCUGCAACAGGUGCCAGUCCAGACCAGUGAUGGUCAGCUGGUGCAGGCAGCAGGGGGACAGACCAUGCAGAACGUUCAGCUCAUCAACCCAGGGACCUUCAUCAUCCAGGCCCAGACCGUCACGGCCUCAGGGCAGAUCCAGUGGCAGACCUUUCAGGUGCAGGGGGUCCAGAACCUCCAGAACCUCCAGCUGUCCACCAACCCAGCCCAGCAGAUCACACUGGCCCCAUUGCAAACCCUGUCUCUGGGCCAGGGAGAAGCGCAACAGAUCCCCAACCUGCAGACUGUGACUGUCAACUCUUUGGUCCAGGCAGGCAUUCAGUACCAGCAGGCAGAGGACACCAACAGCCCUGGAGACGUCCAGAUAAAGGAGGAGCCGGACUCCGAGGACUGGCAGCUGGGCAGUGACUCCACUCUGAACACCAGUGACCUUUCCCACCUGCGGGUCAGGCUAGAGGACGAGGAGGACCAACUCGGCGAGGGGGGCAAGCGGCUACGCAGGGUGGCCUGCACCUGCCCCAAUUGCAAAGAGGCUGGGGGGAGAGGAUCCAACAUGGGGAAGAAGAAGCAACACAUCUGUCACAUUCCGGGCUGUGGGAAGGUGUACGGGAAGACAUCCCACCUGCGAGCGCACCUGCGCUGGCACUCAGGGGAGCGGCCCUUCGUCUGCAGCUGGAUGUACUGUGGGAAGAGGUUCACACGCAGCGACGAACUGCAGAGACACAGAAGGACACAUACAGGGGAGAAGAAGUUUGUCUGCCCGGAAUGUUCCAAGCGCUUCAUGCGGAGCGACCACCUGGCCAAGCACAUUAAAACUCACCAGAACAAGAAAGGAGUCAUGAACUCUGUGAGCAACGCGGUGGUGGGCUCCAUGGAGUCCGCGGGCUCGUCAGACAGCAUCAUCACAGCGGGCGGCACUACCCUCAUCCUCACCAACAUUCAGCAGGGCUCCGGUAACUCCCAGGACAUCCUGGCCAAUGCUGAAAUCCCACUACAACUGGUCACUAUAGCAGCCGGAGAAGUCCUAGAGAUGGCCGAGUCACAGUGACACUCACUUGCUCAUCACUCAUUUUCCUUGCAUAUAUAUAUAUAUAUAUAUAUAUAUAUAUAUAUUAGUACCAGUCAAAAGUUUUUUUACACACCUACUCAUUCCGGGGUUUUUCUUUAUUUUUACUAUUUUCUACAUUGUGCAAUAAUAGUGAAGACAUCAAAACUAUGAAAUAACACAUGGAAUCAAGUAGUAACCAAGAAAGUGUAAAACAAAUAUAUAUUUUAUAUUUGAGAUUCAUUGGAGUAGCCACCCUUUGCCUUGAUGACAGCUUUGCAUUCUCUCAACCAGCUUCAUGGGGUAGUCACCUGGAAUGCAUUUCAAUUAACAGGUGUGCGCUGUUAAGUUGAUUUGUGGAAUUUCUUUCCUUAAUACAUUUGAGCCAAUCAGUUGUGUUGUGACAAGGUAGGGUUGGUAUACAGAAGAUAGCCCUAUUUGGUAAAAGACCAAGUCAAUAUUAUGGCAAGAACAGCUCAAAUAAACAAAGAGAAAUGACACUAGGUCAUCAUCAUUACUUUAAAAAAAAACUAUGCUUCACAGAGUUCAAGUAACAGACACAUCUCAGCACAACUGUUCAGAGGAGACUGUGAAUCAGGCCUUCAUGGUCGAAUUGCUGCAAAGAAACUACUGCUAAAGGACACCAAUAAGAAGAAGAGACCUGCUUGGGCCAGGAAACCCGGUCAAUGGACAUUACACCCGUGGAAAUCUGUCCUUUGGUCUGAUGAGUCCAAAUUGGAGAUUUUUGUUUCCAACCGCCAUGUCUUUGUGAGACGCAGAGGAGGUGAACAGAUGAUCUCUGCAUGUGUGGUUCCCACCGUGAAGCAUGGAGGAGGUGGUGUGAAGGUGUGGGGGUGCUUUGCUGGUGACACUGAUUUAUUUAGAAUUCAAGGCACACUUAACCAGCAUGGCUACCACAGCAUUCAGCAGCGAUAUGCCAUCCUUUUUGGUUUAAGCUUCGUGGGACUAUCAUUUGUUUUUCAACAGGACAAUGACCCAACACACCUCCAGUCUGUGGAAGGGCUACUUGACCAAGAAGGAGAGUGAUGGAGCGCUGCAUCAGAUGACCUGGCCUCCACAAUCACCCGAACUCAACCCAAUUGAGAUGGUUUGGGAUGAGUUGGACCGCAGAGUGAGGGAAAAGUAGCCAACAAGUGCUCGGCGUAUGUGUGAACUCCUUCAAGACUGUUGGAAAAGCAUUCCUCAUGAAGCUGGUUGAGAGAAUGCCAAGAGUGUGCAAUGCUGUCAUCAAGCAUCAAGGCAAAGGGUGGAUCUUUGAAGAAUCUAUAUUUUGAUUUAACACUUUUUGCAUACUACAUGAUUUAAUGUGUUAAUUCAUAGUUGUGAUGUCUUCACUAUAUUACUAAAUAGUAAAAUAAAGAAAAACCAUUGAAUGUGUAGGUGUGUCCAAACUUUUGGAUAUAUAUAUAUAUUAGACUAGUAGCCAGUUGAAGUCUGUAAGCAGUCUUUUUACUGGGGUGGGGGUGCAAAGAAAAGCGUUAAAUGUGGUUCCAAUACAUACGCACUGAAAUGCCUUAUUUUCUAUCAUAUUGUGGAGUUGAAAAGGGGGGAACGGUGCAUAGUUUUUAAGCUACUGUCGAUUGUUUAAAGGUUUGAGUUAAAUGUGUGUUUAAAAAAAUGGUAUAGAAAUUAAGUGAUUGGCUAUUGCCAGCCUAAAACCCUUGUUACGUUUUUUGAUGACAGCCAUGGUUAGGUCUGUGUCAAAAUCCUUAAAAAAACAAACAUUAGUACGGUCUUCCUGAUUUAUGUUUGUGUCAUAUUUGUGCUUGCCUAAAACCAUCAGCAAGCUUUACCCACAUCCUGCUCAGUUGCAUCCUGAAUAAUAUUGCAGGUGGCAAAAAGAAAACAAUUGCAUAUUUAAAAUGUUGUAUAAUAAUUCCUAUUGAACUUCUACAAUUGAUCGGAUGUUGUAAUAUGCAUUUCUUGCAAAUCAAGUAUUUUUAAUGAACAGCUAUAUCAUUGUAAACUGGUUUUAUGGUAUCUCAAACUCCGAGCUCUUUAAAUGGCUUUUUAAAUGUGUAUAGUGUAAUAUUCAGAUGUGUUUAUUUUGUAAAAACGUGAUUUCUAAAUGACUCACAAUUUAGAAAGUCGAGUCACUUUUAGAAAAAAAAAAAAAAAGAAGCCAUGCUAAGGGGUUGAAUUGCCAAAUUUGACUUUAAUCUCAGGGUGACUUGGUCAUGCACGGUAGAACAAUCCUCCCCUGUAGCCCCUAGAGAUGUUGUGGGGUGUUGUGUAGAGAGGUGCUAUUCGAUGGACCAAAAGCAUAGUUGAAUUAUGCUGUCACCGUGUUACCUAUGCUCUAUAAACUGUAUGUCAGGGUCCUUAGAUGACACCCCCCUUUAUGAAAUAGUUUGGUAAAGAGAUGCGCUCUGUGUCUGCGCCUCGCUCAAUCAGCCCUCUAAGACAGAAGUGACGUGGUAUCGCACGAGGCAGCACUCUCUUAAUAGCACUCUUCUCUUCAUCUGUAGUUUGAUCAUCCUCUUUUUGUAUAAACGUAUUUGUAUACUGCCCAUGUUGGUUAUCCUCGUUUAUCUCUUGUCAGUAAAUGUUUCUGUCUCUGUCUUAUUUCUUUUAAUCGGAGUGUUAUUUUGACUCCCUUUUCUGUAGUAAUAUAUCUAUGUUAUUAUUCAGAUUAUGAAAUGUAAGAUUGAAGAAAGUGAAUUGUGUGCAUUGUAUCUGCUGUUGUAGUGACUGGUUCUGGGAAGUUGUCUUCAACUCAGAAGGCCCCCAGUGGCUUUAAGUCCACCAUGAUAUCAUUGAAACAUAUUAUACCCUGUGUGGUCAUUAAACAAAACACUAUAUUAUACCUCACAGAUUCACAUUUAGAAGUGAACAUGUCAUUUUUACAAUCUCAAAAAGUUUCAAUCCAGAUGUUUGUCAUGGAUCAUUAUAAACAUUUUUGUAACGUGGUAUUCAUUUCAUUGAUUUUAUUCUGUUUUGCGGGAAACAAUUGUACAAUGUCCACUUUUUGAGGGCAUCUUGUUAUUUCAUACAAAAAUGACUAAACAUUACCUGGUAGUA